AUGGCCGACUACGUCAACAAACAGGUGAUUGAAUUAAACAAAGUUAAUGAAGAAAACUGUAAAAGAGCAACGAGGAGCGUGAAGACUGAGACCCGUCGCUCAGAUGGAAGACUAAGACUCUACAGGAUGGCUGCUGUGUGUUUAGGAGUGCUGUGUGUUCUACAAGUCAUUCUCAACAUCUCCCUGAGACUGGCUUUCUGUGAAGGCAAUGUGACUGCAGAGAAAGACCUGCUACAGACCAAACAAGCCUGUCCUGAAGGCUGGCAGAUUAAGUUGGAAUCCAGUUGGUACUUCCUGUCUAACGUGAAAAAACCCUGGAAGGAGAGCAGAGAGGACUGUCUGAAGAGAGGAGCAGACCUGGUGAUCGUAAACAUUGACAACAUCAGUGUCUUUCUCACCGACAGGAGUUUCUCUAUGGCCUCAAUAAGAGAGCCUGGUCUGACUGACUCUGUUACUGAGGGGACCUGGAAAUGGGUGGACGGCACCCCACUAACCACCCCAAGGUUCUGA